GGACACCAGUGGGGAAGGAAGCCACAGACAGCCCGGCUGCCCCCUCAGGUGCCUCUGGAAGCGAAGCUCCUGCUGCAGGCUGGUUUAACGAUAACUGCGAGUUACUGAUUCGGUGACUGCAUGGGGCUCUUGUUGAGGAUGAAGAAGGAGGCAGAGGAACGAUGGAGGGCAAUGCCACUGCUGCACCCUUCACCCCCUUGCAGCAGUUCAGCGUUGCUGACCUUGUUGUCGUAGUGGUUUACUUCUCCUUAAACGUUGCAGUGGGAAUAUGGUCUUCGUGCAGGGUGAACAGGAACACUGUCAGUGGCUAUUUCCUCGCUGGCAGAGACAUGGCGUGGUGGCCAAUCGGCGCCUCACUCUUUGCCAGCAGCGAAGGCUCAGGGCUCUUCAUCGGCCUCGCCGGGACAGGUGCUGCCGGGGGAAUCGCAGUCACCGGCUUCGAGUGGAACGCCACUUACGCUCUUCUGGCACUGGCCUGGGUGUUCGUGCCGGUCUACAUCUCCUCUGGGAUUGUCACGAUGCCCGAGUAUCUCCAGCGAAGAUUUGGAGGGGAGAGAAUCCGGAUGUACCUCUCUGGCCUGUCGCUCCUGCUCUCCAUCUUCACCAAAAUCUCUACGGACCUGUACUCAGGAGCCCUCUUCGUGCAAGUCUGUCUGGGCUGGGACCUUUACCUCUCCACUGUCCUGAUGCUGGUGGUCACCGGGCUCUACACCAUUGUGGGGGGGCUGGCGGCUGUCAUCUACACUGAUGCGCUGCAAACGCUCAUCAUGGUCCUUGGAGCCAUCGCGCUGGCUGUGAAAGCUUUUAAUGAGAUUGGAGGUUACCCCAACCUGGAAGAGGCCUAUUUAAAAGCCAUGCCAUCCAAGAUUGUUCCCAACACUACCUGCCACCUGCCCAGAGCGGACGCAAUGCACCUCUUCCGAGACCCAGUCUCUGGAGAUCUGCCCUGGACCGGGAUGACUUUCGGGCUGUCUAUCAUGGCCACGUGGUACUGGUGCACCGACCAGGUCAUUGUCCAGCGGUCGCUCUCUGCUAAGAGCCUGAGUCACGCCAAGGCUGGCUCCAUCUUGGCCAGCUACCUGAAGAUGCUGCCCUUGUUCGUUAUCAUCAUGCCAGGGAUGAUCAGCAGGGUCCUGUACCCAGACACCGUGGCCUGCGUGGACCCAGAGGAGUGUGCCCGGGUGUGCGGGGCUGCUGUGGGCUGCUCCAACAUCGCCUAUCCCAAGCUGGUUGUUGAGCUGAUGCCCAGCGGGCUGCGGGGUCUGAUGAUCGCGGUGAUGAUGGCUGCACUCAUGUCAUCCCUGACCUCCAUAUUCAACAGCAGCAGCACCCUCUUCACUAUGGACAUCUGGAGGAAGCUGAGGCCGGGGGCCGGUGAGCGAGAGCUGCUCUUGGUGGGCAGCGUGGUCUGGAUCCCCAUCCUGCAGAGCUCCAGUGGUGGCCAGCUCUACCUCUACAUCCAGGCUGUCACCAGCUACCUGGCUCCUCCAGUCACCGCUGUCUUCAUCUUGGCCGUCUUCUGGCCUCGAGCUAACGAGCAGGGUGCUUUCUGGGGCCUGAUGGCGGGGCUGGCGCUGGGGCUGGCACGGAUGGGGCUGGAGCUGGCGUACCCCUCGCCCCGCUGUGGGGUCCCCGACCAGCGACCCUGGCUGCUCACCGACAUCCACUACCUGCACUUCGCUGUCCUGCUCUGUGCGGCCACGGCCGCAGUCGUGGUGGGGGGCAGCCUGCUGACCACCCCACCGCCUCCCGCCCGGCUAAAGGAUCUCACUUGGUGGACCCUCUCACGUGAGCCCUCCCAGCCCUCCGUGGUCAGCACAUCCCAGGGACCCCCUGAUGGUUCCUGCUCAGCUGCCCCAGGAGCCCAGCAGCCACCAAAGGCCCAGGGACCCCUGGCUGUGGCCCUCAGAGAUACCACGGACCCCCCUUUCUGGGCCCGUGUCUGCAGCAUCAAUGCCGUUAUCCUGAUGUGCAUCAAUAUUUUCUGCUAUGCCUAUUUUGCUUAGCAUCCUUCUGGCCCCCUGGGAACCACGGUGGAAAGAGGGAGGAAAGACGCUGGGAGAGGGGGAAGAAUGGGCAUUUGUGUGCUAGAUUUUAAUUAUCUUAUUUGGGAGAUAGGAUGUUUCAAUCCACUGGUGCAAUGAGCUGGGUGUUCUCAGCGCUGUGGACUCUGAGUGAAUCUCGAGAGGCUGUGAAGCAUGUGGGGCAUU